CCUCAUCAUUUUAUCUACGUCAAACCAAAUCUUAAUCUAACUCUGAGAGAGAAUCUACUAAUAAAAAUGUAUCAAAAGACCAUAAUCUUCUUAACAAUUCUCUUAACGUCUCUUCGUUCUUGUUCUAGCAGCUACCCGUUUGAUCCUAGAUAUGAUCAUGCCAUGUCUCCCAGUGUUUAUUAUGAAACCAAUCACCAACAUGGUCACAUUACACACAACAGGCUCACGAAAACUCGCCAUGCAUAUGCUCCUAGAUCUUCUCCUGGAGCUUUUAACGUUAACUCUUUCGGUGCUAAAGCCAAUGGAAGCGACGAUUCUCAGGCAUUCAUGAAAGCUUGGGAAGCAGCUUGUUCGUCAGAGGGAACAGUUUACAUCGUGGUUCCGGAAAAUAGAGCUUACACUCUUAAACCGGUUAAAUUCUCCGGUCCAUGUAAAUCAUCCUUGAUUGUUUUCAAGAUUUACGGUAAGAUUAAGGCAUGGAAAAAUCAAUCAGACUACAAGGAACGUGGGUUCUGGAUUGUUUUCCAAACGGUUGAUAACCUUCUUGUUGAAGGUGGUGGACGCAUCGAUGGUAAUGGAAAAACCUGGUGGCCAAAAUCUUGCAAGAUCAACCCUGAACUUCCAUGCCAGGAAGCUCCCACGGCGGUAACGUUUGUGGAAUGCAAUAACUUGAUGGUAAGAAACAUUAGGUUGGAAAACGCACAGCAAAUGCAUAUGCGGAUUCAGAAAUGCGAAAACGUGAAGGCUUUGAAUCUUAUGGUCACGUCUCCGGGUGAUAGUCCUAACACCGAUGGCAUUCACGUUACCGGAUCUCGCAAUAUUCUCAUUCAAAACUCUAUCAUCCGUACUGGUGAUGAUUGUAUAUCCAUAGUGAGUGGGUCGGAGAAUGUGAAAGCGACGGGCAUUACAUGCGGGCCGGGUCAUGGAAUCAGCAUUGGGAGUUUGGGAGCUCAUAACUCAGAAGCAUAUGUUUCUAAUGUGGUAGUCAGCAAAUCAACUCUUAUAGGAACCACUAAUGGUGUUAGAAUCAAGACUUGGCAGGGAGGACAUGGAAUGGCAAAGAACAUAAUAUUCCAAGACAUCUUAAUGCAAAACGUUACAAACCCAAUAAUAAUCAACCAGAACUAUUGUGAUCAACCUAAAUCAUGUCCAGAACAGGAAUCGGCGGUACAAGUAAGCAAUGUAUUGUACAAAAACAUACAUGGGACGAGUUCAAGACCCGAAGCUGUGAUAUUUGCGUGCAGCAAGAGCAUUCCAUGUCAAGGCAUUACAAUGCAAAACGUUAAAGUGGUCGAUCUUAUCUCCAAACAAGAUGUCUCCAAAGCCUCUUGCUCCAAUGUGAAGUUGGACACUAAAGGAAGCGUUUCUCCCCUUUGCACUGAUCACUCUUGAUCUCCAUGAACCACCCCUAUUUCAGACUUUUCUAUAUUUCUUAAUUCGGUAGUGAAUUUGUAUAUAUAGACAAUGUUUGAAGUAUCAGCUAGUAAGAUCAUAAUGCUAUUAAGAAAAAGUCA